AUGGAUUGGGAGAGCGGGGCAAGGCUGAAGAUGUGGUUCAGAGCCUCUACACCAGAAUCUGCCUGUACACGCGACUCCCUCGCCACCAUCAGCUGCUCCCCUUCCGAUAUAUCCUCGUCCGUAGCGCCCAGUAGGUCGACAUCCAGCACCAGUCCUGGCUUCGCCGACAAGGCCUUUGACUGCGAUAAUUCCCUACUCUCGUCGCUUUGUGCAGUAUUCAUCAACGGACUUCAUGAUCCCACUGAACUAUCCACCAUCUACACCUCCCGAUGGGUGGGGUUGUGGCUGUAUUUUAAUCUGGAUACUAUCCCACCUCCUGGCGCAUCCAGUAUUCGUUGCGACAGACCCGAGAGCUGGCCUGCAGGUACAAAACGUAUGGAUAGGGAUGACUUCAUAGCAAGGUUGUCUGAUACUGGAGUCUAA